GUGUAUUCUGGCUGCGCGGUGGCGGCGUCGGCUCCGGGGGAGGGGGAGGGGGAAGAUGGCGGCGUCCUCGCUGGAGCAGAAACUGUCCCGCCUGGAAGCCAAGCUGAAGCAGGAGAACAGGGAGGCCCGGAGGCGCAUCGACCUCAACUUGGAGAUCAGUCCGGCCCGGGCUCGGCCUAUUAUUGUGAUCACUCUAAGCCCUGCUCCCGCUCCAUCCCAACGUGCAGCCCUGCAGCUUCCCUUAGCCAAUGAUGGCAGCAGCCGUUCUUCCUCUUUGGAGAAUUCACCUCAGCACCCAUCACGCCCCCGAAAUAUGCUGGGCUUGCCUCCUCAGCCACAGUUUCUCAUGCAUAGGAGCAUGGAAAGUAUAGAGAUUGAUCAGAAAUUACAGGAAAUUAUGAAGCAAACGGGUUACUUGACCAUUGGAGGGCAGAGAUACCAAGCAGAAAUCAAUGACCUAGAAAAUCUGGGUGAGAUUGGAAGUGGGACUUGUGGACAGGUAUGGAAAAUGCGUUUCAAGAAGACAGGACACAUCAUAGCUGUAAAGCAAAUGCGUCGUUCUGGUAACAAAGAAGAGAACAAGAGGAUCCUAAUGGACCUGGAUGUAGUGCUGAAGAGCCAUGACUGUCCUUACAUUGUUCAGUGCUUUGGGACUUUCAUCACAAAUACUGAUGUUUUUAUAGCCAUGGAGCUAAUGGGGACAUGUGCAGAGAAGCUGAAAAAACGCAUUCAGGGACCUAUCCCUGAGAGGAUCUUAGGAAAGAUGACUGUGGCGAUUGUGAAAGCACUCUACUAUCUGAAAGAGAAGCAUGGUGUCAUCCAUAGAGAUGUGAAGCCUUCCAAUAUCUUGUUGGAUGAGAGGGGGCAAAUCAAACUGUGUGACUUCGGGAUCAGUGGGAGGCUGGUAGAUUCAAAAGCCAAAACCCGAAGCGCUGGUUGUGCAGCAUAUAUGGCGCCUGAGAGAAUAGAUCCCCCUGAUCCUUCGAAACCAGACUAUGAUAUCCGUGCAGAUGUGUGGAGCCUCGGCAUCUCUUUGGUUGAGUUGGCUACAGGGCAGUUCCCUUACAAGAACUGCAAAACAGAUUUUGAGGUCCUUACCAAGGUUUUGCAGGAAGAUCCUCCUCUUCUCCCAAAUAAUAUGGGAUUUUCUGUGGAUUUCCAGUCAUUUGUGAAAGACUGCCUUACUAAAGAUCACAGGAAGAGACCAAAGUACAACAAACUACUUGAACACAACUUCAUCAAGCGUUAUGAGACACUGGAAGUGGAUGUGGCCUCCUGGUUCAAAGAUGUCAUGGCGAAGACAGAGUCCCCCCGCACGAGCAGCAUCCUCAGCCAACACCACCUGCCCUUCUUCACCAGGUAGCCAGGUAGCAGCGUGGCUGCUGUGCCGAGGAGAGGGAGUUCCUUGGCAGACAGAGAGCUCCUGAGGUGGGGCAAGAGAAAGCACCCCAGCAGGCACCUACCUUCACAAGAGCAACUCUUCAAUGGCAUUCAAUGUCUGUGCUUCACCUGCUCUGUCAUCCUUUUCGCCCAUUUUGUCUUCUCCUUCAACAUUGCCAGGAAGAGUUGGGAUGGCUGUCUGGUCUUUCUGAAAUUCUGGAUGUAUGCCUUUUACAUCUUGGGCACCACUCAGCCUAAGAAUAGAAGGCUCUGGGCAAGAAGGCUCUUUCCAGCUUGCGCUUGUAUGGAUUUGGGGCUGAGCGCCUGCCACCAGGAGUUGCCACCGAACGACACCGUGCUCCCUGCUUGUCUCUCUCCACCACGACUGGAGACUCAAGGGCAUGUAACAGUGACCCUUGCUCACGCACUAUGAACAGACACAAAACACACAAAAGGAAAAAAAAAGAAAAGAUUUUUUUACCACUUAUUUAUUAAGUUUAGACUUCUGGUGCUGUGGGCUGUCUGCUGCACCCGUUCAUCAAUCCUUGUGUUAUUACAUGUUUUCUUUCUUUCUUUCGUUUUAUUUUUGUUUGUGUUUUAGGUUUGUAUUUGCUGAGGGGAAAUGGGGCUUGGGGUAGAGGAGUCAGCUGCUGCUUUAGUUUCUGAGCUUAGCUGUUGCUGUUGUCUUGGUUACAUUUUUUUCCUUAGGACUGUGAGGACAGGAAAGGGAAGGUUUGAAGAUUAUUCUCACCCAAGAGUAGCUCGGUUAGAGUGAUUUUUUUCCAUCAUCAAUUCUUUUUGAUCUCAGGGGUUCCUUUUCUUCUUUUUUUGAGUGCGAACAAAGUUUUGUCAGUGGUGUUUUAUUUACCAAAGUGUGUAUUUGGUGCUAGGAUAAAUGCUUUUCUAUUUUCUUGCAGUAUUUAAGAAAAAGAAAAGCAAAGCUUAAAGAUAAUCCUGGCAUCAAGAAAGCCAUUAAAAAAAGAGAUUCAGCCCAAAUUGUAUGUUAAGUGCUGUUUCUUAGGGAUUCUAAAAAAAAAACUAGUUAGUAACAAAUUUAUAUUCUUUGUAAGUCUUGUGGACUUACUGGGCUAGAUUCUUGACUGGUAACCUGUGUUUCCAGUUGAAGAAUAGUCAGUUUGCUCUUUGGAGAUCAUUGAAUAGAAUCUACAAUGUCUUUGGAUUCACAAAAUGUGUAGAUUCUCAGAAGUGAGAUCCAGAAAAAUCCAAAAGGUUUGGAGGAUGAAAACAAAUGCAGCCUCAAUCCUCCUCUGCUUUACAAGUAGAGUUUCUAUCCUUUUAGUGAUUUCACAAGAAGGAAAGAGAAACAGAACAGAAUCCAGUCACCUCCUAAUUCAAAGGUGCCUCAUGGGCAGGCAAGCAUUCCCACAUUCAUGGCACAGGAACCAAGGUGUUUGGCUCACUGAAGUCAUGAUCAUUCAUUGCCACCAGCAACAGAGAGAAUGGGAGGUGGCCAAAUGCUAUGGGAAUGGGUCCUGGGUUUUUUGUUGGGUCAGUCUCCCAGUAACAAUUUCAGUUUAUAUGGUAGCGUAGAGACUAGCAUGCAACCCUCAAGCACUGCAUGUUAACCUGAAGGUGAGAUGUAUUCCUGCUUUCUCUUGCCUAGGGAUGAUUUGGGUAUGUUUUUCUUCCUAUUUAUCUAAUCCUUUAGUUGAUUGCUUUGAUUCAUGACCCAGGCAAGAAAAAAAAACCCCAAGAUUUGAGGUCAUGAGUUGCUUGGCAUGUCCUGAAAACGAGUUGCAACUAUAGUAAUUGAUUAUCCAAAGAUAUUUGACUGGUGUCACUCUCUGGAAUGGCGUAAUCUUCAUCUAAAAUUUUAUCUGUGUUCUGGCCAUUUCCAAAAUGAGCAUUUGUGUUUGCUAGAACGGAGAAGUAAAUAUUGGAUGUGCUCAGUGGUAGAAUUAGUGUAAGGAGGAACAGGUUUACAGAGAUGACUGAAAGAGCACUUAGGAGUGAGAGUCCAAAAUGUCAAAUAGACUGAUGGAGCAAUGGGUUUGGUGGUUGAUCUUGUGUGCCUUGCAAGCACGCCUGCAAAGCAUAUAUGGCCUUUUGGGGAUUUUCAGGAUUGGACAGUUGUUGGCAAAGGAUGCCAAAUACCAAAGAGGUAGUGCUUGUUUAAUGAAAGCUGGAAGUCUUCAGAUGACCUGGAUAAUGGUAACAAAUAGAAAUUAUGUUUCUGUACUGGUUUCAGUAGUGAUUGUUAACAUGGGAACCUUUUUUUAGAAUAUAGAGAAAGGCCAUUAUCUUACAUACAGGCUUUAAAGGCAAGUUGAUCUGUAUCAAGAAGGAAAUAGCAUGUGGCACGUUUUAUAAAGAGUGAUAUCUUGUAUUAGAGAGGAUAGUGAGAAGUGAGGAACUGGUGGGAAAAUGCAGAGGGCUAAGAUAGAAGGUUUAGAGUUUGGGUGGGCAUAAGCAAUGUUGAAGUAAGGAGGGGAUACUGGUGUGUGGAUUUUUUUAAUGGGAGGUGAAUAGGAGCAGACCAAGUCAGAUGUUGCUCCAAGAAUGUCUAAAAAGAUAGCACUAGGCAGAGAGAGUCUGAGAGAUACUUACUUUCGAAGAUGAAUUCUUUUCAAAGAUGUUUCAUAUACCUUCUCAGUGGAUUGUAGUUGGGUUCACUGCAGUGCCUUCCCCGAACCCCUAGGAAUUUAAACUAUCCAAAAACAUUAUAGCCCAGUUCAGAUGUAUAUUUCAGGCUUGCUCAUUACUAGAGAUGGGAAGGCCUGGAAAAAAACAAAACAGAAAAAUUGAGGAAAAACUUUCCCCCCAUUUUUCCACCCCCACGCGCAGGCUUUCCCAUCUCUACUCAGUACACAGUUUAGAAAGCCAGUACCAAAAGUUGGGUUGUUACACUCCCCUCUGUUUAUCACAGCAAUCCUGAUUAGCUUAUACUGCAGUUCCCCUGUUAAGUCAAUAGGGAGUCACUUGCAGUAUCCAACUCCUGAUUUCUGAUAUAAUAAUCCACAAAAGAUGAUGUUUGGAAUUGUGGUUGUGUAGGAUGUUGAAAAAAGGGCACAGAGAAGAGUGCAGUAUCUAAAGCUUUUCCCAUGCAAUAAUGAAAAGAGCAUUGCAGAUGGCAAAAUGACAGCAUUUGAAGCCUAAGAAAGGUUGGGACAGAUGUAAUAGAUAUAUGUAUUGAAAGCCAUAGUGAAGGGACUAAAAGAUUUGAUGCGAAAUUCAGAGUAUAUUGGGUGACCCCAGAAAAUGACUGGUCUUGUGGAAGUGCAUUAGUAGGGUUGUGUUAGAAGUCCCAAUCUGAUGUUAAGUGGGAAGGCUAGCUUUCCAAGUGACAGAAUGUCAAUUGUCUGCCAUUUUGCUCUGCAUUUUACUAUCAGGUUGGAGAACUUGUCUUGGAAGGUAGAUCAAGUUCAGAUGUCUAAAGGGACUAUAUUGGGUAUUCUUUUGGUGGGGAAGUGAAACACGGGAAUAAGGAGAUGUUGGAGAAAGUGAGGAGUAAAGCAGUCUUGAAGAUGGAAGGUGGAAUUAUAGGUCCAAGUUGAAGAAGAGCAAGUGUUAGAUAGGAGUGGAACUGGGCUGAGUGUUCAACACUGAACAUUGAGAUUAAAUGCAAAGUGUAAGGAAAGUUAACUAAAGGAUAAAGGUAGUGAAUAUAAACUUUCUCCUAGGAACCAGUUAAGUAGCCAUGUCCUCUUUAAUCUUUUGGCUUUCCUGCUUGACUUCGAUCUUACUUUGCUCUGUUAAAAGUACUCUAGCAAAGUAAACACACUAGUUGACAGAGAAGUGAUGACACAUGAUAUGAUAGCUGGCACUGCCACCACUCCAAAUUGGUCAGAGGAUCUUCAGAGUAGAGCUUGCUGUGAAACCGACUUUUGUCCUAACAAUAAAAGGAGUGGCAUGGCUUUUCAGGCACUGAAUACUUCCAAUAUUUAUUAGUAGUGACCAGCAGAGGCUCCAGGGGAAUUGGAUUGUCUUGCCCUUGAGCCCUGCUUCAGUGCAGUCACAGUAGUAUCUGCCUACUUGAGUCAUUACUGUAUAUACUUGUGUAUAAGUCAAGAAAUGUUAGUUUAAAAACUGACCCCAAAAACUGGAUUGAUUCAUCCAUGGGACAAUGUAUGUUCUGUAUCUUGACUCUUAUUUAAAAAAAGGAACCAUCUCCUUUUCCAAGUAGAGUGGCAGAUGGCAAGAGCUUAGUCCAGUGGUUCUCAACCUGUGGGUCCCCAGAUGUUUUGGCCUUCAACUCCCAGAAAUCCUAACAGCUGAUAAACUGGCUGGGAUCUCUGGGAGUUAUAGGCCAAAACACCUGGAGACCCACAGGUUGAGAACCACUGACUUAGUCUGUUCCAGGGGAACCUGAAAGAAACACCGGAUCGCUCCGUCCUCUCUGCCGUGGCACUGAAUGUCUGGGUGGGGAAAGGAGCGCUACAAGAGUAGAAGGGCUUGUUGCUUCUUCUAGGUUCUCCUGGGAUGAACGAAGCCCUAUCCUUUUGUUAACUCUGCUCAGAGAAAGCUUGAUUCCCACUUUUUGAGAUGAGAAUUAAUCAUGUACCUUAACUUUUAUGAAAUACCUCAUUCCUGUCUCUGAAUAGAGUGAUGAAAGGCCUUUAGGAAUGCCUGAGCAGGAAAGUGAUGGCAGUAGCUGCCAUUCCCCAAAUUUUCCACAUAUCAAAAUCAAGGACUUUGAUCCCAAAACCUGCCUUCAACUUAUACAUGACAUUGAUUUUUACAUGAAUAUAUAGAGUCCUAAUGAGUCAUAGAGGAAGUUGGACAAUGGCUUUGUAAAGUGCUAGAACAGGAUAAUAGGAUAUGUAUUAGGAAAAGUAUUGUGAGAAUUAUGCAAGUGCUCCAAGAGUGAAUUCUAGAUAGGAUAUAUUUCAUUUAACCUGAAAAAAUACUUUGUUUCAGGCAAAGAACUAUAGGAAAUAAAUGGUUGAAAUUAUUUAUAGUAUGUUCCAGUCAGUGAUUGAGAAUGAUAUGGCCAUUGCUACAGAGGUUGUCAAGUAGGAGGCAAAAUAUAGAAGUGCUGUCUUGGUUCCCUAACAUAUAUUGGUGUGGGUGCAGUAUUCUGUUUGCUUUUACACUUCAACCUCCUAGUUGCAAACUAUCCUGAAAGGACUCGCCUCUUGAAAAUCCUCUUCCUUUUGACUUCAAGAGAAAGCAAGAAUAAUCUCUGUUCUUCUUGAUGUUUUGGACUUCAAUUCCCAGAACCUGUAGUUGCCAUGGCCAUCGGGCAAAGAGUUGUGAGAAAUGUUGUCUCAAACAUCUGGAAGAUUAAAAGACCCCUUUCUUACUUGGAGAUUGGCCAACUUCCAAAUAUGGAAGACACUCUCUAAACCAGGCUAAAAUUUAGCCUGUGUGGGUUGGGUUUGGAAAGGUGUUAAAGGCUUUUUAAACUAUUCAAAAACACGGGAUAGCUUUUCAAGUAAAAUUGAAAAAAAUGCAGUUUUAUUGCAUUUUUAGAAUUAUUUUUUUAAAUGUAUUAAUUUAGAACAAAUCUUUGUUAAUGUUAUUUUUAAUCCGGAUGGCUAAAUGUUUACAAUCGCCUGCCUGACAUCUGCUCUUAAAGUGUGUGGGGCUAUUGGGCUUGGGUGGGGCACAUGUGUGCAGCGUGUGGUGCAUGCAAUUCAAAUGGGGGAUUUUAAAACAAACAAAACUGUAAAAAAAAUCAUGCCAAAGGUAAGGCAGAGACUAGCUGGGUAGAUGGUUAUAUUGUAGGCAUUAGCAUUUCACUAUAUUCUCUAUAUAUCAUAUAUUAUAAAUUUGCAUGUUAAAGUAAAUAGAAAUAACUAUCUUAUAUGGAAAGGGACUUUAAUUUUGGAUUACUUGUAAAUCUGGUCACUUGUAUUGAUUCAGGAUUGCCUGAACACCUUAAGCUUUAGCGGCGGCUUGAUUUUGUUUUGUAUUUUGUCUUGUUUUUGAAAGCCACCAAACUCUCACUUUGCUGCCUUUUCAUUUAAAAGGCCAUGGGUUAUCCAAAGUUUUGUAGGGGGUUUGAGAGCAGAGCAAUGAAUGAGCAGCAUCAGAAUUGACUUUAGUUGCAGCCAACAUAAAACUUGUAGCCAAUUUGCAUCUGUCUUCUUAAAUACCGAAUCUUUGCUGGCCUGUCAAACUGGAAAUCUACAUGAUGGAAACUCCUGAGAGCUUUGUUCCACUGAAAUCCACCUGGACAACGCUAUACUCUUGUGAGCAGUCUGACGGUUUCAGUUCAGCUUUACUUGUUCAACCAACCUCCCUCUUGUUAGUUCCAAGUAAUCAAAGCUACUUUUGUGAACAUUUAUUUAUUGCCCAUGGGGAACUGUGUGUGUGUGUUAAUUUAUUUUUUAAAUGUCCCUUUUCUUCCAGAGAGUGUAUUUUUCAGUGAUAGUAUUUGCCAAGUAGGCUGUUGAUCAAAGUGGAGAAGGGAAGGAGAGCAGAUGGACCUGGCUGCCCUCGUCAGGCUGCUUUCCAAAUAAAUCCCAAAAGAUGAAGUUUUGCAGGGCUCCAUAUGUGGGCAGUAGAGAUCCUGGGAUCUUGUAAAUUUGGAAUCACCAAGGUUCAGUGGCCUGUCCUUUUAUUGCCCAAGGAACCUGGGCAAAGCUAGAUUGUAAACAACGGAAAGAAGGGGACAGGGUUGAGCCUUGGAUUUAUUUCUGCUCUACUGGCUUUCAAGCUUCACGGAGCCUGUGAAAUUACUCAUAGUAUGAGGAGAAAGAUCAAGGUUGUAAUUUGGGAUAGUCAUAAUUAUGUGGAUUGACCAAAUUUUGUUUUGAACAAACAUGACAUUUGCUUUAAACCCUUAAGCUUGUCUUGAUUAUUUUUGCUUGUCUACUGAUUUCUGACUUCUGGUGUACAGCAAACACUGUGUUCAGUAAUCAACACAACUUUUAAGGGGGAAAAGACAUUAUUUUAGUGCAGUUGGUUUUAGAUUUUCUUUCAGACACCUGAUUUACAAGAGGAGCAAUCAGGAAUUUGAGAAUAUUCAACAUUAUAAAACAGUUGAAGACAGCUGAGAGAAUUAAAACAUUCAUUGGCCAGUAAAUCAGCAGGAAGGAGAGAUGGUAGACAUCCCCUGGUACUUCCCAAGUAGGGAGAGAGCAUUAUUCCUCUGUUGCAGCCAUUGUACUUAGUAGUAAAUUUCACCUGGCAUCAGUAAGAUUCACAGCUUCCAAGAGUAGAACAUAGAAAUUAUGUUAAAGUGGUGUACAGUAUAAAACAGGGAGAUGCAAGAAACUUCAUAGUGACUGUACUUCAGGAGAGUUGGUUCCUAUUCUGACAAUUCAUGAUCUGAGAGAGACUACUAUUUUGGACACUUCUCAGUCUACAGCAGAGGUUUCCAAGCAUUUCAUGUUGGUGACUCCCUUUUUAGACGUGCAUCAUUUUGCAACACAGUUAUUCAAUUUUACUAGCAAACAGGUUAAACUAAUCUUAUAAAAAAGAUAUGGACACACUAUAUACAUAAAUUGUAAUAACAAAAUGAAUGGGGGCACAGUAUAUCUCAUGAAAAUCUUUCAUUUAUGUUUUUUGAAAUACAUGUUUUGUUGCUUAUUUCACAUAGUCUCGUUAUGUUCGUGUGACACAUCUAUGCACUGCAGCCGACACAAUUUAGAAAGCUCUGGUGUAGAGGAACUGCAUUAUCUCUCAAUCAUUUUUGUUAUCAAGUCUGAAGGGUAGUCAUGUCUUAUUAUCUUUCAUGAAGGUAACCUUUUGAGUGAGUGAAGGCCACCUCUCAGCCCCUUUGGCUAAGAUCAAGUGAAGAUAACCUUUUAUAAAAACAAAGCCUACAACUCUGUAUACAGGCUGAGUAUCUCUUAUCUGAAGUAUCUGGGACCAGAAAUAUUUUGGAGUUUAGAAUAUCUUUACUGCACAUACUUACAUAAUGCAACAUCUUGGAGAAGGGACCCAAAUUCAAACAUGAAAUUCAGUUACACUUAAUACACAUCUUAUACACAUGGCCUGAAGAUGAUGUAUAUAAUAUUUUAAUAAGAGCAUUAAAUAGUUUAUGUACACUGAACCAGCAAAAAGUAAAGCUGUUACCAUCUUAGCCACCCAUGUGAUUAAUUUUGGAUUUUGGAGUAUUUGGGUUUUCAGAAUUUUGGAUAAGGAAUACACAACUUAUAUAGAUGUAUGCCUUGUGUAAGAUUUAAAAAAACAUAUUAGGUUCUAUUUCCACAUUGGAGCUGAAAACCAAACUGUUUUAAAGUUAGCAAUGGUAUUUAUGCCAAAGUGCACGAGUGAUUUACUUAAAAAGGUUGUGGAAGCUGGAUAUGCCUGUUCAAAUAACAUAAUCCCCCUCUUUGCAUAGAGCCUAUCUUUAUGUUGCUUAUUGACACAGCAAACCACUCCCUAAUGUGGCAGUUCUCCUCACUCUGGCAUAAUCCUUUGUACAAUCUUCUUGUUCUCACCAGCACCUGAUGUUUCCAAAAGCAUCCAUCACAGACAUGGAAACAGUCCAUGUGGCAGGCAUAUAAGAUACUGUUAUAACAGAGUGGAGGCUGUGUCUACACAGAAGUGGCUUAUCCUAAGAAAAUUUGCACAGUAGUCUCCAAACAAGCAGAUCCUCGAGUUUGAGAAGGGGAAUAUUCCACAGUUUGCAUUCAAUUGAUUUCAAACCCAGACAGUGUAUACUAUUCUAGAUCGUCUGAUCACGUUCUCUGUGUGUGAUUGGCCAAUUGGUAGAUUGAGCUCACAGCUUGUGUAGAUGGGAGAAAUCUGGAAACAUGCAGAUAUCUUUUCCUUCUGAUUUUCAAUUGUAAUUUCAGUUUUUAAAAGCAAUUGGCUAGUAGUACCUCCUUGAAUGUAUCCAGGUAUCUGUGUGAGAUGUUCUUUUCUGUGUCCUGUGGGGCUAAGUCCAUCCUAUAGGUUUAACCCAGCAGCAUAGGACAGCUCUUGGCCAUCUGUUUCCAUUUCUUGUUUGCUAACCAUCUCUCACGGUGUGUUUUGUGUCCUGAAUCUUAUUGUCCAUCAAUUGGCCUGUGCUAAGAUCCCAAAUAGGGCUUUUACUUUGCUUGUCAUCACCCUCCCUCCCUGCCUGUAGUCCAGGCAGUUUGUCAGAAUUAGUUGCCUGCCUCCGAAUAGUUAGGUCCGUCUGGUCAAUUUCAGUGGAUCUUUUGGAUUUAAAACACACCAACAGUAGUGUAAACCAAAUUACAUUCAUCAUUACUUUUGAAAGGUUUUUUUUAUUCUGUUUGUAAAAACCCUCAUAGAAGCUUAAAAAUAAAUUUUUCUUUCCCUAAA